AUGGCGAGGAUGGACUCCCCGCCGUCGAGCCGCUACAUCCAAGCCUUGUGGCUGCUCAAGUCAGGGAUAACAUACCGCGACACAGUCUACCUAGGGCUGUUCCAGCUACAACACACCGAAGAGCUUCUCCUCGAAGCGCAACUUCCCGAGUACGCCGUGGAAGGCCUCCUCGACACCUAUAAUUCCACGGGCGGAAGUAGUCCAGACGGGCCGACGGAAGAGGAGCCACGGCAGAGACUCGCCAUGUACAGCGGACUUAGGUGCAACCAGGUUGCUGACAAGAGCAUUCGCGGCGCCGAAGCAAGUGAUGGGUGA